AUGGCAACCGCUACGCGAGCGAGCCUCUCCCUCCGCCGGAGUCUUCUUCCCCGCCGUCACUUUUCCACCUCCCGCAUUUCCUCCGCCGACGUCACCCACGCGGUCAUUGGCGGUGGCGUCGUCGGCCUCGCAGUCGCCCGCCAACUCGCUUCGCGCCCAAACACAUCCACCAUUCUCCUUGAACGACAUGAUGCCCCCGGCACAGAGACAAGCAGCCGGAACUCGGAGGUAAUCCACGCAGGCCUCUACUACGGCACAACAACCCAAAAAGCACACCUCUGCAUCCGCGGCAAGAACCUCCUCUACGAGCUCUGCGCCCGAAACGGCAUCCCGCACCGCAACACGAAGAAAUGGGUCGUCGCGCAGAAUGAAGAACAAUGGGACGCUACACUGAAAGUCCACGAGAUCGCGAAACAGCUCGACGUCCCGACGCGCAUGGUAAGCAGCUCCGAGGCAGCUCGCCGCGAGCCCGAAGUCCGCGCCCGCGCGGGCAUCCUCGAGAGCGAGACCACGGGGAUCGUGGACAGCCACGCGCUCAUGACGUACCUGCAGGGGGAUUUUGAAGAUAAAGGCGGGGACUGCGCGUUCCUGACGGAGGUUGUCGGGAUUGAGGCGCUGAAUGGGGGUAGUGAUGGAUAUAGGAUUACGGCGCGGUCGGGGAGCGGCGAGGAAAUGGAGACGACAUCGAUUGUUGCAGAGACGCUGAUAAACAGUGCCGGGAACUCUGCGUGCAAUAUCAACAAUAUGCUCCUUCCCGAGUCACGGCAUCGCAAGCCGUAUUAUGCAAAGGGGACAUAUUUCUCGUACGCGGCUUCGUUUCCGACGCGCGCUCCCUCCGUCCUCGUAUACCCGGCUACUUUACCCGGACACGGCGGGCUAGGAACGCACUUGACGCUCGACAUGGGCGGGCAAAUCCGCUUCGGGCCAGACGUGGAAUGGGUCGAUGACCCGAACGAUCUCAAGCCGAGCCCUGAGCGGCUGCACCUUGCUAUCCCUGAGAUCAAGGCAUAUCUUCCGAAUAUCGAUCCCGAGGCGAUCAGCCUGAGCUACUGCGGGAUCCGGCCGAAAUUGUCCAAGGGUGGAUCAGUGAAUACGGGCAAGGGGUUUCAGGAUUUUGUCAUCCAGGAGGAAGAGGGGUUCCCAGGGUUUGUGAAUCUGUUGGGCAUUGAGAGCCCUGGGUUAACGAGUUGUUUGGCUAUUGCGGAGGUUGUGGACGGGAUUCUUUAUCGAUGA